GUCAGAACGCCCUGUUGCUUUCCAUGAGGUAUCAGGCAACCAGCACUACCUAUUCAAUCCUCCGGUGAUCUCAUAUCGAGGGCAAGGCUGUCAGUUGAUCGGACCUUGAUCCACAUUUCUUGCUCAAGAUGAUCCUCGAGCACAUGUUACAUUUUGAAUACUUUCCCGCACUCCCCUGCUCCAUCGCAGCCCUUAAUCUCGAUCGCCGUGAGACGGUUUCAGAACAGAUAGUAACCAUCUAGCAAUUUGAAGCUUCUAGUGAUUUGAUCGACUACUUGACUCCACAAGGCUCCAACGUUACACUUCAAAUCCAAGUCCUCUCAGGACCCGAACAUGGCAUCCGAUUUCGAUUAUAAGGUUGAUCCCGAAGCAGAAACGGACGACGAUGAAGAGCAUCUGGGCUCUCUCUAUCUGGGACAGAUAAAAAUACUCCCAGAGGUUCGGAAGUGUGAUCUUUUGAACUUCAAGAAUCAAUUCAAUGCCGCCGAAAAAGGGCUCUAUGCCGUCGACGUCCUUGAGUCCGACACUUUCCUGGAUCAAGAGGAAAUACAAGAAGAGCUAAGGCUACGACGAAGUCUCGCCAAGAAUCCUAAUCAGGUGAAGAACAAAGGGCUGAAGCUUUCGAAGUCAACAUAUAGGCUCCCGCACAACACUCACACUGGACAGUCUGGGAAAAAGGUCAUUUCGAAAAUCCGGAUACGAUCGCCUGCCAUUCUAUCAAUUCUGUCCAAAGUCAUGCAGCAAUCUUGGGGUAGCCGUCCUCGGACAUUCAUUCGACCUUUUGGCCCGCUCAUAUACUUUCAUUCGCAGGUUCUGGAAGCAUUGACCGAGAUAGAAGUCAAGUGGGCACUGGAGAGUGAGGCUUCGGCAGCGGUCCUUACGUCAGUGAAUUGCGAUAACUCUUCCGAGAAGACGAUCCAAGGUGGCAUUCUACAUAUUAAUGGCAGUGCAGCGGCUAUUUCAGAAAUAAGGUGCUAUUUGCAAUUCAUGUCCACCGAGAUUUUACCGCUUUACACCCAAUUCGACAAUCUAGACGAGUCGUCAAAUCCGAAAAUCAUGUUCCAUGAUCUGUGGUAUCUGUUCAAGACAAAUGAACUGGUGUAUCGACCCGUUGGUGGUGGAGCAAUUCAAGAGACAAACGGCUUCAGUCUUGGUCAGCGAGCAUGGCGCAUCCAUGGUACGCAAGAAUCCGUGGCCGGUGAUGAUCUGAAAACCGCACAUGAUCGGAAUAACUUCGAGGGAAGCGGUGGGGAGAGAACCUCUUUCAAUGUCCAUUGUUACUACAUUGACUACACUGGAGAAGAGUUUUGUGUCGUCACCGAGAUCUUCGAAAUACAUGCAUAUGAGGGGGAGAAACCCGUGAAGUCCUUGAUCGUGUUUCCAUACCGGUUCUUAGCAGAUCACGAGGAGAGGCUGGAAAAGUACAUAGAAUAUGGACACACUUUCCUGCACAGUCUCGAGACACGACAUGCGGCAUAUAACUGGUGGUCAGUUGUCAAAACUCCUCGUGGAACAGCAACUACCGAUAUGGAAGGUAACGAUCUUAAACGUGCUGAAUACGUCGAGAGCGAAGUUAUCGUCGACUUUGUUGAGGCCUUUCAAGCAUGUCCAUCAUGGAAACCGGUCCCAUGUAUCUUGAAGGCCCAAGAACCUCGCCGACUGACCAUUGCAGACGACCUUUAUACAUGUUGGUGGUCUGAUAUCCAUAGAACGAAGCUUCUAGCUGAGACAAGUGAAAUCAUUGUACUUCAGGCUGGGAUCAGCACCUAUCAGUGGAACAAAAAUCUCUUGGAUGACCAAUUCUUAGCCAGGGUCCGGGAAAACGACAAGAAUAACAGGCUUACUACCAAGAAAGAUCUUCGUGAAUGUGACUUACCGCUGCUUCCCUCUCGAGUCUUUGGCUACGUCUUACGGUAUCGAAAGUUUGAGCAGCUCGACGUCCAUGGCCUUAGUCCUGUUAAGGGAUCUAGCGAUGGCUUCGAUUGCCUGAAAAUAAACCCUCAGCAUAAAGUUUUGGUCAAGUCUCUUGUAUGGGACCAUUUCCAGAAGAAGGCCUCUGACAGAAGAGAUGGUGUCAAACGUCCUUCCUUGGACUGGAUCAAAGGCAAGGGAAAGGGUUUGUUUAUCUUACUUCAUGGAGUACCAGGUGUCGGCAAGACUGCAACCGCAGAAGCAGUAGCUCAAGCCAGCGGAAGGCCAUUGUUUGCCAUCACCUGUGGAGAUCUUGGCUUGACACCUACAGAAGUAGAGUUUGCUUUAAGAAGAAUAUUCCGUCUUGCCAACACCUGGGAUUGCGUCUUACUUUUGGAUGAGGUUGAUACAUUCUUUUCUCAGAGGUUGAAAGGAGAUGCCACCUUGAUCAAAAAUGCUCUUGUAUCAGUGUUUCUGCGAGUCCUCGAAUACUAUGAUGGACUACUUUUUCUGACAACGAAUCGCCCGGAUGCUCUUGACGAGGCAUUCAAAUCCAGAAUUUACCUCUCUCUCUAUUAUCCCCAACUUGAUCUUCGACAAACCAGGGAAAUAUGGGAGAUGAACAUCGAUCGCCUGCGAGCUGUCGAAAUUGAACGAUGCAAAAAUACGGACCUUCAACCACUCCAAAUCAACAAGCGAGAAAUAUUACGGCUUGCAGAAGAAAGGUUCAAGAACAGUGAUGCUAGUGUCCGCUGGAAUGGCAGGCAGAUCCGCAAUGCAAUUCAAGUUGCAUCAUCACUGGCAAACUCUGACGCGAAAGAAGACAACAUGCCACCAAGGCUGACUGCCGACAACUUCAAGCUGAUAUACGACGUCACUGAAGAUUUUGACAACUACUCGCGAGAGCUUGUAGGGAAGUCAGACGGUGAACUUGCCUAUGAUCGCGGUGAUCGUGCAGACCACUGGAGUCCUGAGCUUCAACGGUCCGUGGAAGGUCAUUCAUACGGCCGUAGAGGACUGUUUCCGCCGGGGAGAGUUCAAGGAUUUGGAGAUGGAGUGGCUUAUGCGCAGGCUUCAACCAAGAGACGACGGCCAAGUGUUUUUGCUGGUCGAGGUCACAUUGAUUUCUCCGACGCAUUAGGUCACUCGGGUCAACGUGCUGUUUCGCCAACAUAUCAAAGUCGCCAGUCACUCUCAAUCCCAGGGGAUGGUAGGUCUGAGACAGGUUAUAGACCGAAAGCGAGUAACCCGAUUAGGAGACAUCCAGACGAGUCGAGUUACCCCGAUAUAUAUGAGGGCUGGGUCAACGGAGGCACGGUACCAAAAGAGGCUAGCCCAGAUGAAGAAAGUGUCCAGAUUGGAAAACGCACACUUGAGGACGCUAGCUCGGCGCUUCAUUCUACGACAAAAAGAAGGAAAGCAGGUGAUAGCGAAGACUAGAAUAAGGAACAUCUACCACUCCUAUUAUAUUGUCAACUACAUAUUAUGCCACAAGCUGGGAGUGAUAAAAUUGCAAUAAUAGAAG